GUCAAGCUCAUGGUGCUGACGCUCGAACAACUGCGAGCAGGACCUGUCUGCCUUGCGGAUGAGACGAGCCCCUGUGAUGACAGCAUACCCAGGCUCCCCGAGCUCGGCUACUGGAUCUUUCCUGGACCUUCCGGGGCAGGCACAACCUUGGCCGCGGUCCUAGUGGGUGAUGUGCCUCUCAGUUCUGUGCCUCAGCAUUGCUUGCACACUGAGCUGUGGUCUACCGACCGCCCACACCAUCUGCGCACUACCCUGUCGCGAGUUUUCUCUCAAGCCCUCAGGGUUGUUACUGGGCUCCGUGCAGGUGGCCUUGCCUGUCUCCUGUCGGCUCCUACCCGAAGCCAUCACACCGACGCAGCGGCGAUGGCAGCAGAUCUGGUAGAGGUGGAGGUUGAAGUCGAGGUUGAGCCUGAGAUGCCCAAAGAGCCAGUGGAGCCACCAACUCCACCUCCCUCGUGGUGUUCCCAGCUGUCUCCGGGCACGGAGGUGGAGAUUACGGGAGGCUACCGGUCCCGUCUGCACGGCUGCCGAGCGGUCGUUCUUCCGAACCUCGAUGCUGACGAUCAGACUCGGAACAUCCGCCUUCUGGAUGGCUCUUUCCCUGAGACCAAGAGGACGCUCACCAUGGCAGUGCAGCACCUUCGUCCGCUGGGCGGGGCACCAUGUGCAGAGGACGACGGCAUGGAGCCGUCACUGCGCUGGAGGCUUCGCCCUCCUCCCCUCACUAUCUACAGCGCUCGUUUUCUGGGCUGGGUCGACUACGAGGCAAUGGUUCCACCAGCUGCGCCGAAGCGUACCAAGACGGGUGAGCUUGUCACUCCGGCCCUUCGGAUGGAGCUACCAGCUCCCUGGACGGCCCAUCGGGAUCCGCCGACCGGCAAGAAGUUCUACUACAAUCCUGCUACCAAGGAAGCCACCGCUAUCUGGCGCGCCACCGUGGUGCCUAAACUCGUCUAUGGAUUGGCUGCCUCGAGCCCAGAUCUGCGUGACAUCCAGCGCAUGCAGCACCUGCUCACCAGGCACAUCCGGGCCAUUACUCGCCAAUUUGCUCACCUUAGCAAAGUCUCCACGCAGGACCUGUACAUGCGCUAUCGCAUUCCUACCCUCCUCGAAGUUCUGCACAAGGAGGCGCAUCAGCUGCACAUGCAGCUGCAAAACAAUACUCGCUACGGAAGUACUGUAGAUGACCUGCACUUAUGCACCAUACGGGAAUUUGCGGCCAAACUUCAGGUGUGGAAAGCUCAGCAGUGGGACACCUCGCCUGCAUCGGCUCCCUACCCAGUUGAUGCUGAAGCCCCCUUUCUCUGCUACAAAUGUGGCUGUGCCUACAGCACCUACAGGCUGCUGCGAGUGCACGAGUCCAAGGUGUACCGACUUGUCGUCUAUGUGGUCACGUCUUUCGACAGUGGGACAAUCUCAAGCAGCACAUCAAAAGGAGUAGGAGGGCUGGCUACCUCCGUCGAGCCACCGGCCGUCGUCGCCACUAGCUCACCCGGCGAUGGUUUGGACGAGGACAAUGCGGCGUCUACCUCUCAGCUUGCCUCCCACAUUGUGCCUGACCCCCAUGUACCUCUGAUACGUCGACCGGAGGUCCUGCAAAAACUACAGGCACAUCAGUGGGUCGACCUGGCAAGUGAUGCUGUUGUCCAGAAAUACUUGCUUCAUCACUGCCCGGUCUGCUUUCAGCGGUGUGCUGAUGCGGUGGGACUCAAGCAUCAUCUGGCUCAUGCGCACGCCUCCUGGCUCGAGACAAAGGCCGAGGCUCAACAUCCGCUUAAGGCAUUCCGGAGGGCGAUUGUCUUGCCGUGUAGGCCUGGCAUGAGUCCUUUUUCCCUCGAGCAGAUGGAUCUCAGCCAAGAGGAGGCUCUCUUUUUCGGACAGAGCGACAAUCCGGCAGCCCCGCCGCCUUCCAAGCGGCCGCGGCCCGAACACAGCCCGGGCUCUUCGAUGCCACAGACGACCAAGGGCAAAGGCAAAGGGAAGAAAGGGAAAGGAAAAGGCAAGCCUCAGCCGCUUCCACCGACGUGGGACUACACCAAUGGUUCCGAAAGCUGGGACAGCCCGUGGCCCCAGACGAGGGGGUCCUCUCAGCAUCAGCAUCAUCCCGAUGCAACGGACUAUUGCUACCACCACAUGCAGAACCUCACCAAGCUUGUGCUGCAGCAGGAACAGAUGAUUGCGUCCCUUCGUCAGGAUGUGGUCCUUUACCUGUUUGUCAAGACAGGCCAGGGCAGCAUUGUUCCCCUGCUGCACCAGACAGCGGAGCAGUGGCGCCACAUGAAGGAGUCCAGCCCGGAGACUCUCACCUACUCGCUGAAGAUCGCGAUGUUCAAGAAGCUGCUGAUCGAGCUCCACGGCCGCCUGGCAACGGUUGCCAAAACUCAGGCAGAGUUGGACAAGGCGAAGCAGCUGAACUGGGUGGACGAGCGCGGACACUGGAGGGUUCUCAAAUGGAACCCUCUGAAGAGCGAGCUCCAGGUCGACGACAGCAGGCCCACGGUGCCUACGGAGGACCUGCUCAGGCAAACGGUGGAGCUACGGAAGGGUGUCAUAGAGGAGGCCCUCCAUCGGUUCAGGAGUCACAAAAGGAUGACGGAGAAUCCCACGGCCGAGUGGGUACAGUUCCGGAUGGAAAUUUCCCUGCGUCCCCUGGGCGACCCCAUCUGGCACACCCUCCAGGGUUGGGUGGGGCAGGCGGCGUGGCAUCUCUUGGGAUGCCGUUUGAGACGAGAGAGGCCGCAGUACAACGGCCUGGCCGAUCUGGUGCGUCAGGGUCAUGCAGCUCAUGCCGUGGAGACUUCUCCUUGGGCAAUGGGCUCAACCAAGCGGCAACAUGACAUCUGUGAGUUCCUGCACUACCUGAUUCCAAG